AUGCACUUAAAGCUGAAGGAUGCACUGAACUAUCAGGUUGGACAGUCUGGGGUUCCUGCACGAGAUCGUGUGCCACAGGAACAAGGACACGGAGUAGGGAAUGCUGCACCGGUUUUUGGAGUUGUACAUGGUUCAUGGAGCUCAUAUGAUCCAUGGAAUAACUGUCCAGUUACCUGUGGUGGUACUUCUAAUAACCAGCACAGAUCCAGAUACUGUAACAAACCACAACCAUCGUGUGGAGGUUCUACAUGUUCUGGUACCUCAAAGCAGUAUCAGAUAUGUAAUUCAUCUCCUUGUCCAGUUGACGGUCAAUGGAGUGAAUGGUCCAGUUAUGGGUCGUGUCCAGUGACCUGUGGGAGUGGAGCUCAUUCCAGAUAUAGAACAUGCAACAACCCCUCCCCUGCCAAUGGCGGUGCAUCGUGUAAAGGAUUAGACACGGAAUAUACUAUGUGCUGGAGUGGAGAAUGUCCUGUUCACGGCGGAUGGAGUGAAUGGUCAAAGUUUAGUGCAUGUCCUGUGACUUGUGGAGGUGGUACGAACACACGGACGAGAACAUGUGAUAAUCCUACUCCAGAACAUGGAGGAAAUAAUUGCGUGGGUGCGAGCAGUGAAAAUGGAGUUUGCAAUACUCAGGCUUGUCCAGAUAUUGAUGAUUGUAUCUCUGUUGACUGUCUUCAUGGUGGAAAGUGUGUAGAUAAACUGAAUGCUUACAGUUGUGAAUGUGUUCCAGGAUUCGCUGGUCAUCAUUGUGAACUAGGGUUCUUUGAUCGUCUUUUUGACUUUGUAUCAUUGAAUACUUCAAAUAAAUCUUGCGAUAGGUUUGUCUCUCAUAGUAAAGUUCAACUUGGAAAUCAACAAGGAGACUAG